UCGUAUUCCCAACCAACCAAGUUGAGUUGAGUUGAGCUCUGUCUUUCCAAUCAUUCAAUUCCAUCCUGCCCAAGUCGUUGCGUAGGGCGUUGAGGCUCCUCCACCGCCCUCCCGAGUGCAGCCAGAUCCGCCGCCGUCCUCCACCCCUUCCGCCUCCGGGAUCGGAUCCUUCCUUCCGUUGCUGCCUGAAAGAUGAUUAAUCUUUUCAAAAUAAAGGGCCAAAAGAAAGAAGAGGCAGCAAGUGCUGCUGGAAAGACCCCUGUCAAGAAGCAAUCUGCUGGGGAGCUCCGUCUUCAUAAAGAUAUUAGUGAGCUCAAUCUACCAAAGACCACAUCAAUUUCUUUUCCCAAUGGCAAGGAUGAUCUGAUGAAUUUUGAGAUCAUCAUCCGACCUGAUGAAGGAUAUUACAUAGGAGGCACUUUCGUUUUCACCUUUCAAGUGUCCCCAUCUUAUCCUCAUGAGCCACCAAAGGUCAAGUGCAAGACCAAGGUGUACCAUCCAAAUAUUGAUUUGGAAGGAAAUGUUUGUCUGAACAUCCUGCGUGAGGAUUGGAAGCCUGUUCUCAACAUCAACACUGUUAUUUAUGGCCUGAAUCUCCUUUUUACGCAACCGAACGAUGAGGAUCCCUUGAACCAUGAAGCAGCGGUUGUCCUUCGUGACAAUCCAAAGAUGUUUGAGGCUAAUGUUAGAAGAGCAAUGGCUGGAGGCUAUGUAGGUCAACACUAUUUCCCAAGAUGUGCCUGAUGUGCUAGCUGCCAAACUUUGAUUUCUUAUGCUGCCUUAAGACAUCUGGGCCCCUGUCCUAAACCCUAACACCAGCACGCCCAGCUUUCUGGAUUUGUAUGGUUUCAGUUCGUAGAAGUGCUUCUGGAAGCAUGCGAAUCACUCAUGUUGUGAUGUGCCUGUUUGCCCAUUGUUGUGAUAUGUAAAACUCGUAAAUUGGUGAGCUGGUGCCUGGUGGUGGUACAGAUGACAUGGAUAUGUAUGAGCACUGUACAAUUUCAUAUGUCUUUAAUGAAUGGGAAGUGAAUGCAUAAAGAUCGUAUUCACGAUGAACAAAAAUAAUUUCAACCUGU